ACAUUCAUCCGUACGCUGUAUGUCCCCGGACUCCGCAUUUGCCAACGACAUCAACCAUUGUUAAAGUGUCAAAAUGUCUUGAGCAGUACUAAAUAAAAAAAGAAUCGUCAAACCCACGAAGAUGUGAAUUCUCGCGCAUCAAUGCUGAAAUCGAAGUGACCAAGUCCAUUGAAAUACCUAUGAAAUGGCCCCAACGAGGGACAAAUGGGUCAGACGAUUUGUCAUAACCGAAACUAGUCGUCACAAGCGAGGGUUUACAAUUUACAAAGUCACGUCGCUGGUAUUCUUGAAAUCCUCUCCAGACCUAGCAUCAAAAGUCUCCGUCUGGAAGCGUUACAAUGACUUCAAAAAGCUCCACAAGACCCUCAGCACCCUCCACCAGCGUCUCUCCAUCAAGGAGGCCUUCCCCCCCUUCCCAAAGGGAAAAUUCUUCUCUCGUUUCGAGAUGGAAGUGAUAAAAGAGCGACGAGACUCGGCGAUCAAGCUCCUGGAGUUCAUCGGGAGGCACCACUCCCUCGCCACUCACGAUACCUUCGUCAAAUUCUUUGAAACCUCUCUCCAACCAGACACCUCCACCGACCUCAACGAAUCCAUUGGUUCCGACACCUCGGAGGAGAGUCAGGUGACCCCUGCACCCUCUCACGACAUUGCCUGCACUCCUCUGAUCCCUCAGCAAGUCCCAGUCCUCGAAAAAUCCCCAAAACCUUCAGAAUUCGAACGAUCAAAGGCCUCAGAACACAAAAAAACAGAGAAACUCUUCGCUUCAAUUGAUUCUAGAGAAUCAGAGGAUUGUGGGCAAUAUGUUCUAAUAGCAGCAGCUCAUAUGAGCGCAGGAUAUCGUCAUGAGUCGAUGAACGAACACGAGGAGGCCUUCAUGCAAUACAAAUUAGGGAUAACGAAUCUUCUUCAUGGAGUCAAGAUGGACCCCGACCCCAUACGUCAGAGAAAAAUCUACGAGAAAAUAAAAAAAUAUUCAGAGAGGGCGGAGACUCUCUAUAACAGAUUCUUGAAUAGUAAUAUUUCGUUGUUGAGCAGACCGACUGAAGAACUGAAGAACUAUAAGGUUAUCAAGGUAUUUAAUUCAGUUAUGCUGGUGAGGGACAUCAGGACGAAUGUCGAGAGGAUAAUAAAGACAGUGGAGAAGGUGUCUGGGGAGCACGAAGAUAUUGGUGACUAUAUUCUGAGGGGAAAUGUUCCUUUUGUGGUGAAGCUCCAUGGGUUCGUGCAGACUGAGACGACGGUUUUUCUUAUUUUGGGGUAUGUGAGGAGGGGAAGGCUGUGGGAAAGUAUCAUGAAGAAGUAUGGGAUGGAGAACAGGGAGAUCAUGAGGUCUAGGAGCCAUGAUGCAGUCUUUCAGGAGGAAUCUACUUCAUUAGCCAAUGGAAGACUAUUUCGUGCAGACGAAGGAAGAGACAGUCCCGAUGAGAAUAUCGACCCUGAGGAGAGCUUCAAAAGACUAGAAGAGGAAUUCGGAGCAAAUUCUAUUUAUAACAAAGACUUACCUACUAUUAAGUUAUUGGAGAAGGCCCAGGAGUUACUUAAGUCUGUAGACGCCACUAUCAAGAAGAGUAAUUCGAUAGCUGAGAGGUUGAAUUCAAGACAUCUCACGAAUCUAUCGUCAGAUCGAUCAGGGGGUGAUAGUCCUAGAGAUAAAAGCAUCAUCUUGGGGAAAUUGAAAAAUGAUAAUGGAUCUGAAUCUGAGUUAUCUAGCACUGAUAGCUCAUCCGGAAGCUUCGAGAAGAUCGAUAUAUCUGAGGUUUCGAAUGAUCGUGACUAUGACGACUGUGUAAGGACGAGGAUUUACUCAAGAGGACCUGAGGCGAGUGAGGACAGUGGAGUGGAGAUGGAGCAGGAGCUGUGGAAAAUUCCUGAGAACAUCGUGAGACUCUGGACUGCCCAGAUAAUGGUCGCUCUGGAGUUUUUUCAUAGGCAGAAUGUCAUUGUCAAGGGGCUGAUGCCACAGAAUCUACUUAUUGAUGAUGAUGAUAAUGUCGUUCUUUGCUAUGUAGUGCCGGUAAAGACUGAACGGUUCUCGGUGCAGUUUGAAAUACCGUAUACAGCCCCAGAGUUGUGCAGCUAUCUGCCGGAUGCUGGGGCCAGUGGCGCUGCUGAUGUCUGGAGCUUUGGGGUAAUUCUUUAUGAAUUGUUGACUGGACUGGAGUUUCAGACGAGACAUCCAGGACCAUAUUAUUCACAUUCCAUUCUUAGUAUUCCUAGUGAUUUGUCUGAUAAUGCAAAAUCAUUGUUGAAAAGUAUUUUAAUUUUCGAACCAUCAGAACGUCUCACCAUCAAAGAAAUGAAGCACCAUCCAUUUUACAGUAAAAUCGAAUGGGAUGCCAUAGGACGUUCCAAUAUGAGAUCAAUAAUUACAAAAACGGAAGUAUGAAAAUGAACAGUCGUCAUGACAAUAUUCUAGACAGUAAGGAAAAGCACGUCAACGCAGUUCAAUCUUCUUUAUCUUACAUUUCCACUAGUCUAAAAUGCUUUAUUUGUGAAAAAAAAUUGAACAAUAUUGUUUUUCGUUACGAGCUAUUCUUGUUGUUACUGAUUUUAUGUUUUGUUUUUUUAUUUUUAAGAUUGAUUAUAAGUAUUGUAUCAAAAAUGUUGUUUGUUCAGUUAUAAUUACAUCAUGGAAAACGUUUGGAGGAAUAAAAUAGAUUGAUAACAGAAAUUGAUUCUUGACUGACAAUUAUUAUGAAAUAAUGGAAACAUAACAGAACUCGUUUUUUCACAUCUUAUUAAACGUCGAACUAUUUGAAUCACGACCAAUUUUAUCGAAAAAUGUAGACAAAAAUUUUCUCUCCACCUUGCGCAAACUAUUCAAUCAUCUUCGACACAGUCACUUUUAAAACAAAUGCAAAGCC